UUGAAUCUCCCUCCGGCUCUCCCCUCUCUCUCUCUCUCUCUCUCUCUCUCUCUCUAAAUUGAAUGAUUGGGGGGUGUGGGAUUUUCAUCUUCGAUCCCACUAACCUCAAUUCUCGUUUCUCAAUUAUCCAAUCCGUAUUCAAAAGUUUCCGCUCUAUUCUCUCUCACUUCUUUUCUGUUUCUUCGAUCUUUUCCCUCAACUAAUUGAAUUCACAUCUUCCACAAGAUUAGUUUUAGAAUUGGCAAUGAAGCUGUUAGUACGGGUAAUAGAGGGCCGGAAUAUACCGGCGAUGGAUCCAAACGGAUUGUGUGAUCCGUAUGUGAAACUACAGAUGGGAAAGCAGAAGUUCAGGACUAAAGUGGUUAAAAAGUGCUUAAACCCGUCGUGGUGCGAAGAAUUCACGUUCAAAGUGGAAGACUUGAAGGAGGAGCUCCUAGUCUCUGUUCUGGAUGAAGACAAGUACUUGAUUGAUGACUUUGUUGGACAAAUCAAGGUCCCCGUCUCCCGCGUUUUCGAUUCCGAUGAUAAGUCUCUUGGCACUGCCUGGUAUUCUCUGCAACCCAAGACCAAGAAGUCCAAGAACAAGGACUGUGGUGACAUUCUUCUCACCAUAUGUUUCUCUCAAGGCAAUUCUUUCAUGGAGUUGCCUCUUGUUGGUCAAGCAUCCCCCUCAAGGAAGUUUUCUGAUACAACAAUUGACUCACCUUCAAGGUUUUGUAGCAGCCCCUUGAGGUCAGCUUCUCCAAUGAGGUUAGAAGGUAUUUCUUCUUCCAAGGAAGAAAAGUUGCAUCCCCCAACUUUUGCUGGUCGAAUUGCUCAAAUAUUCCAUAAAAAUGGAGAUUUGGCAUCCAGCCCCUCUUCUAGUUCCACUGACUUGCCAGAGUUACUUGAAACUGCCAAACCUGAGGUUUCCGAGUCAAAUAGUGAAGAGGAGUCAUCUUCUGGUAGUUUUGAAGAAGCAAUGAAAACAAUGGAGUCAAGAGAUCAAGGAAGUGAGAUUCCAAGCAACUUACCCUCAGGGAUAAUUCUAGACCAACUAUAUUUGGUUGCACCACAAGAGCUGAACUCUUUACUAUUUUCUCCAGAUUCAAACUUUCAUAGAUCUGUGACAGAAUUGCAAGGAACUACAGACCUGCAAAUAGGACCUUGGAAAUUUGAGAACAAUGGUGAGAGCUUAAAGAGAGAACUUACUUAUGUUAAGGGCCCCUCCAGAUUAGUUAAGGCUACUAAAGGAUUCGAGGAGCAAACAUAUCUUAAAGCUGAUGGAAAUGCAUUUGCAGUUCUAGCAAGUGUCAGCACUCCAGAUGUUCCAUAUGGAAGUACCUUUAAGACAGAAUUGCUUUACUGCAUUACCCCCGGGCCUGAGCUGCCAUCAGGAGAACAGUCUUCACGAUUAGUUGUAUCCUGGAGAAUGAAUUUUCUGCAGAGUACUAUGAUGAAAGGUAUGAUAGAAGGUGGAGCCCGAGGAGGUCUGAAGGAAAGUUUUGAGCACUACAUCAAUUCAUUAUCUCAGCAAUUGAAGAUGGUUGAUGCCAAGGACAUUGCUUCCAAUAAGGAACAGGUUUUGGCUACUCUACAGGUGGAGCCACAGUCGGAUUGGAAGCUGGCAGCUCAGUAUUUUGCUAAUUUUACCAUGUUAUCUACCAUUUUUUUGGGGAUAUAUGUGCUUGUGCACAUCUGGCUGGCAGCGCCUAGCAUGAUCCAAGGUCUCGAGUUUCUUGGGUUAGACUUGCCAGAUUCAAUUGGUGAAGUAAUCGUGUGUGGGGUCUUGGUUCUUCAAGGUGAACGGGUGCUGGAGUUGAUUUCACGCUUCAUGCAGGCUAGAACACAAAAGGCCACUGACCAUGGAGUUAAAGCACAAGGGGAAGGAUGGUUGCUAACUGUUGCCUUGAUUGAAGGAAGCAAUGUGGCAGCUGUUGAUUCAAGCGGACACUGUGAUCCGUAUGUGGUCUUUACUUGUAAUGGGAAAACCAGAACCAGCUCAAUCAAAUUCCAGAAAUCUGAUCCUCAGUGGAAUGAAAUAUUUGAAUUUGAUGCAAUGGAUGAACCUCCAUCUAUGGUGGAUGUGGAAGUUUUUGAUUUUGAUGGACCUUUUGACGAGCCUACAUCCCUGGGGCAUGCUGAAAUCAACUUUUUGAAAAAUAGCAUCACAGAUUUAGCCGAUGUUUGGGUUCCUCUUCAAGGAAAGUUAGCUCAGGCAUGUCAGUCGAAGCUGCAUUUAAGAAUUUUCUUGGACAAUACUAGAGGAAGCAAUGUUGUUAAAGAGUAUUUAACUAAGAUGGAGAAGGAGGUGGGAAAGAAGAUAAGACUUCGAUCUCCUCAAACAAAUUCAGCAUUUCAGAAACUCUUUGGGCUUCCACCAGAGGAAUUUCUCAUCAAUGAUUUUACUUGUCACCUGAAACGCAAAAUGCCUCUGCAGGGCCGCCUAUUCUUAUCUGCAAGAAUAAUAGGUUUCCAUGGAGAUCUCUUUGGACACAAGACCAACUUCUAUUUUUUGUGG